UUGCACAUUUGACGCUGAUCGGGCGGAAACAUGGAGACUCCUGACAACUCUACCGCCGCUGUCAAGUUCGUCUUCAGGGGGACUUUAGUCCACUCGACCCCCGAGGAGGCGCUGCAGAUCCGGGAAGAUGCGCUGCUGGGAGUGGACGCCGACGGAAAGAUUGCGUUCAUUGAGGAUGGUAAGAAGUUACAGGACAUUUCCAAGAGUUCUGGAUUUAACCCCUCUGCAAUCACUCAACUGGGACAACAGGAGUUCCUCAUGCCUGGAUUGAUAGACACCCACAUCCAUGCAUCCCAGUACAGCUAUGCAGGCACAGCCCUGGACAUGCCUCUGCUGCAGUGGCUCAACACCUACACCUUUCCUGUGGAGUCGCGCUUUAAGGACUUAGAGUUUGCGAAACAGGUCUACACUCAAGUAGUGAAAAGGACCUUAAGGAACGGGACAACCACUGCGUGUUACUUUGCCACUAUACACACUGAUGCAUCUCUCCAGCUUGGUCGGAUCGCAGAUGACUUUGGGCAACGUGCCUUAGUAGGGAAGGUGUGUAUGGACAGAGAUAAUGGCGUGAAAGAUUACACAGAAACCUCUCAAGAGUCUCAAGAUGAGACCAAUCGGUUCAUCAAAGAACUACUAAACCAAAAGUACCCUCUGGUGAAGCCGGUGGUCACUCCACGUUUCGCACCUUCAUGCACAGAACCCUUGCUUGCUCAGCUCGGAGAAAUUGCCAAGAAUAACAACCUGCAUAUUCAGAGUCACAUCAGUGAAAACCUUGAGGAGAUAACUCUCGUAAAGGGGCUGUUUCCCCAAUCAGAGUCUUACACAGACGUCUAUCACAGGUUCAACCUUCUCACUAACAAGACGGUUAUGGCCCAUGGCUGCCAUCUCAGUGAUGAAGAAUUGGUUCUGUUCAGGGAAACAGGAGCUGCUUUGUCCCACUGUCCCAAUUCAAACUUCUCGUUAUGCAGCGGAGUGUUAAAUGUACGCAACGUCCUGAAUCACAAUGUGAAGCUGGGGUUGGGUACAGAUGUAGCAGGAGGCUACUCGUCUUCUAUGCUUGACGCCGUAAGAAGAACUCUGGAUGCAUCCAAAGUCCUGAAAAUCCAGAACCCAGAACAUGAAACACUCUCCUUUGAGGAGGUCUUCAGACUGGCUACACUGGGAGGCAGCCAAGCCCUGUCCCUGGAUGAUCGAACAGGAAACUUUGAAGUGGGAAAAGACUUUGAUGCCCUCAGAGUUAAUGUGGCUGCUCCGGGUGGACCCAUCGACCUGAUCCAAAAAGAGAAACCACAGAUUCUUCUGGAGAAGUUCUUGAAUUUGGGUGAUGAUCGAAACAUUGUGGAGGUGUUUGUAGCCGGCAGGAAGGUGGUUCCUUUCUGAGUCCUAUGAGCAGACAGAACGUCAACCUUCCUCACGGGUCCAGAUCAAUCUGACUCAAAGAAUCAAACACACACUGUGGCUGCCUCAAGUUUGUUUUUGCACAACAUUAGAUAAAUGAGAGUGAAAUUUUGUAUACCCAGGGAUAUUUUUUGUGUUUUAGGACAGAAUGUGUAACACAGUUAAGGUCAAGCAAACCUACUGAUCCUGUUCAGUCCUCAGAGUCUCUCUGAGGAGUCUGGUUCGGCAACUUUUAAUCAGGAAACAAGGGACUUUUUAAAUAUGUGGAAGUUUGUACUUUUUAAGAUAACUGGCUAAUAAUUAGCCUGGGGAUUUUCAUUAUUGUCUGCUACUUAUAAAUCUUCUUAAUUUAGUAAAUAACCCACACUGAAAAAAAGCCAUCUUUGUUCUUGUAUGCAUUAGUUUGUUUUAACCAAACUUCUUUGAAUAACUAAUAAGGGGACUUGUUGUUUUUCAGUGUGCUCAGGGUGCAGAUACUGCAGUAGCUUUAUGUUCUCAUUUCUAUGCUCUCGGUGUUGAAAAUUUCUUUGCAAAGGUUGAAAUUGUGCUCUAAUAACUGGACACUCCAACUAAAUGCAGCAAUUCAAGAGUUUAAGCAGUAGAGGUGUGUAAGGCUUUUAUUUUAAAGUAUCCUCUUUUUUUCUCUGUAGUAUAUUGUAGUGUUGAAGUGGAAAAAUUAUGGUGUUAAGGUCUCUAUUUACACUUCCCGAGCACAUCUAAGGAUUCAGGGCCUUAUUACAGAAAAAUAUUUGUGAUUUUGAAAUGGUUUGGUAUUAAGAUAUUUCAUUCAAUAUACUAAUAAUCAAUACAUAUUUUUGGAAUUUUGUAAUACUUUUAUAAGCACUUUUUAAUUAUUGGGGAAUUAUGAAGAAUGUGGACUUACAGUUAAAUAGGCACUUUUGUUGUUGACAGUAUUUAAGUCAAGUUUGCUUUUACUGAAGAAGAUGUUAAUUUAAUCUCGACAAAUGACUGUGUCUGAGUCACUUUUCAUAUGAAGGUCAUCCUCUGUGUUGUUUUUGAAAUAUAAAAUUAUAUAUAAAUAAAGAAAUAUACACAGGU